AUGCAUGCAGACCCGGAUGCGGAGGUGAUCGCGCUGUCGCCGAAGACGCUGCUGGCGACGAACCGGUUCGUGUGCAAGGUGUGCAACAAGGGUUUCCAGCUGGCGCAGAAUCUGCAGCUGCACCGGCGCGGGCACAACCUGCCGUGGAAGCUGAAGCAGAAGAACCCGGCGCAGGCGCAGCGCCGCCACGUGUACAUGUGCCCGGAGCCGACGUGCGUCCACCAUGACCCCUCCCGCGCCCUCGGCGACCUCAACGGCAUCAAGAAGCACUUCUGCCGCAAGCACGGUGAGAAGAAGUGGAAGUGCGACAAGUACUCCAAGCGCUACGCUGCCGCAAACACGCGUCAUGCGUCGUCAAGCCUGGCUGGAAAGGCCUCUGGAGGUUGCCUGCCGCACGAGCUUGCCCGCGCCACCGCGCUCGCCUGA